UAGUCCUCUCUCUCUCUCUCUCUCUCUCUCUCUAUGUGUAUAUAUUACACACGCACACUCAUUUUCUCCAUAGGAUCAUAUCUUUAAGAAUUUUUUCACGAACCAGUUGUUGGAAGUGGUUGUUUGUGAAAAUGGGAAAGCUCUUAACUUUGUUUAUUGUUCUCUGCUUUCUCCAACUCUUUCAUGGCGGAACAGCAAUAGCCAGAAGAAGAACCAAUGACGCUUCUGAGGACUGGGGUUAUGUUGAAGUCAGACCCAAAGCCCCACAUGUUCUGGUGGCUUUACAGAAGUCCCUACAGAGUUGAAGACCCGUCCAAGCCAUGGCCAAUCAUUCUAUGGUUCCAAGGAGGACCUGGUGCUUCAGGAGUUGGCAUUGGAAAUUUUGAAGAGAUUGGGCCAUUGGACACAGACUUGAAGCCAAGGAAUUCAACUUGGCUGCAAAAGGGAGAUCUUUUGUUUGUUGACAACCCAGUUGGGACAGGAUAUAGUUUCGUGGAGGACUUAACUCUGUUAGUGAAAACUGAUGGGGAAGCAGCCGAUGACCUGACCAUAUUAUUGGAGAAACUCUUUAAUGAUAAUGAGAAACUCCAGAAAAGUCCUCUGUUCAUUGUGGCAGAGUCUUAUGGAGGCAAGUUCGCGGUCACUUGUGGAUUAUCUGCUCUAAAAGCCAUUGAAGCUGGGAAAUUGAAACUCAAUCUUGGAGGAGUGGCAUUGGGAGACACUUGGAUCUCGCCGGAAGAUUUCGUGGUUUCAUGGGGUCCUCUUCUCAAAGACGUCUCACGCCUCGACGACAACGGAGUGAACAAAUCAAACAGUUUGGUUGAGAAGAUCAAGCAGCAAAUUCAGGAGGGCCAUUUUGUGGAUGCAACUUUAACUUGGAGUGAACUUGAGCAACAGAUCUUCUCCAGCAGCAAUGGAGUGGACUUCUACAAUUUUCUGUUGGAUACAGAAGUGGAUUCAGCCUCAUCCUUGGCGACGCUCGAAAUGUCGAAAACGAUCUCAACCAAGAGAUACUCAAGAUAUCUAAGCACCUUGAGGUCUUCUUCACCAGGUGGUGGUGGUGGUCUUGAUGACUUGAUGAAUGGUGCCGUUAGGAAGAAGCUUAGGAUUAUACCAAAAAAUGUGACAUGGGGAGGGCAGUCAGAUAAUGUAUUCUCAGCACUACAAGGAGAUUUCAUGAAACCAAGGAUUGAUGAGGUGGACCAACUCCUUGCUAAAGGGGUCAAUGUCACGAUAUACAGUGGCCAACUUGAUGUCAUUUGUUCAACCAAGGGGACUGAAGCAUGGGUUCAUAAGCUCAAGUGGGAAGGACUCCAAACAUUUUUGAGCAAGAAUAGAAUCCCUCUCCAUUGUGAAAAUGGAAGGUCCACAAAAGGGUUCUUCAAAUCAUAUAAAAACCUCCACUUUUAUUGGAUUCUUGGAGCUGGACACUUUGUACCUGUGGAUCAGCCCUGCCUUGCAUUAAAGAUAGUGGGUCAGAUUACAAAUUCUCCAAGGUAGACAUUGUUGUAUUUACAGAAGUACUAAAACCACUAAAAUAAGCAAACAUUGAAAAGGAUUGAUGAGAAGGUUCUGAGGUAGAGCUGCAAGCAAGGCAAUAACUAUGUGAGACCAUCAGACAGAUAUCGUUGGAGGGAAAAGGGGAACGACACGGUUUCCAAUUCUUUUUUC